AAUGUACAUUAUUCUGUAUUUAUGCAGAAGAUUGCUGUUAUUUUACUUUUGUGAGUCAAUUUUAUUUCAUUUUCUGCUGAUUAAAUUGUAUCAUUUAUUUUGAAAGUGGCUGUUUCGUCUCUGUUUUCAACUAAUACUACACCUCUUAUUUUCACCUUCACCGGCUUACCUGCUUCUAUAUGUACUCUGUUUUGUUAUCAGUGUUUUGACCCUUUUUCAAGAAAACAAAAACAAACAACCAAAUGAACAACACGAGUAAUUCAACAACAAACAAUCCAACUGCCCAACCCUCCGAUAAACCUCUGAUUAGAAAGAAAUGUGCACAAGAUUUUAAGUUUAUUGGUUUAAUUGGGGAAGGUUCAUUCUCUAUGGUGGCCUUGGCUGUUGAUACACACACCAAACAAAAGUAUGCAAUCAAAAUCUGUGAGAAAAGGCAACUUUUGAAAGAAAACAAGGCUAAAGCAAUUAUGAGGGAGAAAGAUAUCCUAAAUCUAUUGGACUCACAUUCAAGUCCUUAUUUCAUAAGGUUGCAUUUUUCUUUUCAAGACUCUCACCGGUUAUUUUUUGGACUCAGCUUUGCCAGAGGAGGAGAAUUGUUGACAUAUAUCAAUAAAUUAUCUGGUUUCAACGAAGAAUGUACCCGGUUUUACUCAGCUCAAAUUCUCCUUGCUUUGGAGUAUCUGCACAAGUUGGGCAUUAUUCACAGAGACUUAAAACCUGAGAACUUACUUUUGAAUGAUAAAAUGCAAAUACAAAUAACUGAUUUUGGUUCAGCUUUUCAAGGUAGCACGGAUUCGAUUAAAACCUACCCCCUUGACUAUACGAAAGAAAAGGAUGACCAAGUCAAGAAGCAAAGAAAGAACCCAAAACGGAGGAGACGAGGAAAACAAAAAUGGCGAUGCAGAAAGUGACAGAGAAGAAACUGAUGACGAGGAUGACGUCGAGAACAACAAAUCAGACGAAAAACAGGAAGAUGAAAAUAAUAGUUCAAGUGAUGAGUCAAGGCAGCAACACUCUAGAUAUCGAGCACAUAAUAGGAACAAUAACAAAACAAAAAACUCUCGGAGUAACUCGUUUGUUGGUACAGCUCAGUAUGUAUCACCAGAGAUGAUAACAUGUGCAAGAUGUUUCACAAGCUCAGAUUUAUGGGCUUAUGGUUGUAUUAUAUAUCAAAUGUUGGUAGGAAGUCCACCAUUCAAUGACGCAACUGACUAUCUCAUCUUUCACAAGAUACUUGCCCUCAAUCUUACUUUUCCAGAUGAUAAAAUUUAUCCAGAGGCCGAAGAUUUGAUAAAAUCAUUACUUACCCUGGAUCCCUGUUCCCGUUUAGGUGCUUCAGAUGAUUUUACUUUGGGCUCAUAUCCAUCAAUUCGGUCUCACCCUUUUUUCACUGAAAUUUCACAACCAGCUAAAAUCACAGUAUCAACCUCACCAUUGUCAUCAUCUUCAUCCUCAUCAAAGUCACCAUCAUCUAACCUUCCUGGGCCUAGUUUUUUUAAUCCAGCCAAUCAAUAUCCGCAAACAAGAUGGUCAACCUUACAUCUAGAACGACCUCCACUAUUAGAUUUUCUUAAUAAAGAGGAUUACGAUUUAGAGUCUAGAAUAUCUUGCCUCAAUUAUGACGAUAUUGAACCAGGCCUAGAUGAAGGUCUCUUACUAGGCCUUGGUCUAUCAGACUAUCCAAAGAAGAGCGAAUCACCUUUUGAAAAGGUUGACUCAACAACCUCCUCUUCAACCUCACCUCCACCAACACAAAGGACUGGUUACAAUAAUAUAUCAAGUAAUAGUAGAGGAGGAAUUAACUUUAAUUCAAGGUUUUGUAAAAAUAGCUCAUCACACAAGGAGAAUUCUCGAUCCAAUAAUAAUCCAGAGCGAAGCAAGAAGAAAGGAUUGUUUUCUAAAUUAUUUAAACAUUGAGAUUAAACAAUGUUUUGGCAUUUUGAAAAUUUUAAUUAAUCAGUUGAGGAUAAGUGUGCUAAAUAAACUGCUAUUGUAAAGCAACCAUUUUAGUAAAUAUUGUAUCAAUCUUACGUUUAAUUUAAAACCAAUUCAUGAAUUAAAGCAAUGAAACUGAA